CCCCUUCAGACAAGCCAGAAGAUGACGUGGCUCUCGACUAAUUUCCAGAAAGCUGCUGGGAUGGACACGUCUAAUAGGAAAAUCCUGGUGCUGGUUUUGAUGUUGCUGCUGUCUCAACUGGCCUGUGAUGCUCACAGUGUGUCUGAGUGCUGCAGAGAACCGUCUCGCUCCUGUCGCCUCUAUGUGUUGCUGUGUCGCUCUGGCAGCAACACCUCAGGGAGAACGCUUACAGGAGAUGCUGCCGCUGGCAUCCUCACUCUGGGUAAACGGAAAGAAGAUGAGGAACGCUUGCAGAGCCGACUCCACCAGCUCCUCCAAGGCUCCAGGAACCAAGCAGCAGGCAUCCUGACUAUGGGGAAGAGGACUGAAGAAAGGUCUGGGGAGCAGUACAUGGACUGGAUGGCUCAGUCAAGAACUACCAUCACAACGCCCCUGCCUGAUUUAAGCUAA